AUGGAAGUAACAACAGCUAGCCAAGACAAAAAGAAUGUUCCUUUCUUUCCCCUUCCAAGUUCUUAGUGAAGGGCCGAACCCAGGAUCCCAGACUUGUGUGACUAGGUAAAUAUUAGGAGACUAACUUCACUUUGGUACCCUCCCUCCAGUGGCCUCAAGAUGGCUUCUCGGGAGACAGAGGCUUCUAAGCACCAAAGCGCCGCCCCACAGCGCAAGCCUAACAUCAUGGGGAAGGGAGACACUUCGGACACAACACCAGCUACCCCAACCUAUCGCUCUGUCAUGGAGGAGUACGGUUAUGAGGUGGGCAAGGUCAUCGGCCACGGCUCCUACGGAACAGUCUAUGAGGCGUACUACACAAAGCAGAAAGUCCUGGUGGCUGUCAAGAUCAUCUCAAAGAAGAAGGCCUCCGAUGACUACCUUAACAAGUUCCUACCGCGUGAGAUACAGGUAAUGAAAGUCUUACGGCACAAGUACCUCAUCAACUUCUACCAGGCCAUUGAGACCACAUCCCGAGUAUACAUCGUUCUGGAGCUGGCUCAGGGCGGUGAUGUCCUCGAAUGGAUCCAACGCUAUGGGGCCUGCUCUGAGACGCUUGCUGGCAAGUGGUUCUCCCAGAUGGCCUUGGGCAUCGCCUACCUGCACAGCAAGGGCAUCGUGCACCGCCUGACCCCCAGCCUUUCUGCUGCUGGUAGGGACUUAAAGUUGGAGAACCUGUUGCUGGACAAGCGGGAGAAUGUGAAGAUAUCGGACUUUGGCUUCGCCAAGAUGGUGCCUUCUAGCCAGCCUGUGCGUAGUAGCUCUUCCUACCGCCAAAUGAGCUGUCUUUCCCACCUCAGCCAGACCUACUGUGGCAGCUUUGCCUACGCCUGCCCCGAGAUCUUGCUAGGCCUGCCCUAUAGCCCUUUCCUGUCUGACACCUGGAGCAUGGGCGUCAUCCUCUACACCCUAGUGGUUGCACGUCUGCCCUUCGAUGACACCAAUCUCAAGAAGCUGCUGAGAGAGACCCAGAAGGAGGUCACCAUCCCAGCUAACCUCAACAUCUCCCAGGAGUGCAAGAACCUGAUCCUCCAGUUGCUACGCCCAGCUAACAAGCGUGCCACUAUCCUGGAUGUCCUCAAGGACCCCUGGAUGCUCAAGUUCCAGCCCGAGCAACCCGUGAAUGAGCUCAAGCUGCUCGAGGCCAUGUAUCAGUCUGUCAGCGCCCCUAACCGGCACCAAUCCUUGGAAAUCACAACUUGAUGAUGGCUGAGGUGGGGGGGGGGGGGCAAGGAGAAAAGCAGGAGGCUCUGGGGGGGAAAUCUUUUAUAUAAAAAUAAAUCUAAUUAGUUUCAUCA